CAAAGUAAAGUGCUGUUGCAACACAUUACUUCUUUUUAAUGCACAGGAAACACACAACUAUACAUAUGCUCUCUCAGAAAAAAUAGAAAGAUUUUGAACAUGAAAAUCCCUUGGCUAAUGAUCUGGAUUGGAGCACUAUUUUCCAAUCCAGUCACGGCUGACUGCAAUAUUACUUCUCUUUCUGUUACUUAUGAGGAAUUUGGAAAGAAUUACUCUUCUAUCCCUACCUCCCUAAGUAAAAGUGUUACUAAACUGUGUCUUAGUAAUAACAACAUUACUUUAAAUGAUACUGACAAAAAGGUUCUUCAGCUAUUUAUUAACUUGACUCAACUCUAUCUGAAUGAAAAUGCCAUUACUGUGGUAUAUAAUAAUACCUUCUGCAAUCUGUUAAAACUCACAGUUCUAGAUAUUAGUAGUAAUUAUAUCAGUACAAUCGAACAGGCUGGCCUAAAUCAAUUAUCCAUAUUGUAUCUAAAUCAUAACAAAAUAACCCAGCUGGAUUCUGACACAAUUACAACACUAAAAAACCUGACAAUUUCGAGAUUACAGGACAAUUUGUUGAAGUACUUUGAUGUAAAAGCUUCAUUUAAACUGAUUACCUUAAAUGGAAAUCCAUGGAAUUGUUCCUGUGGCCUGCUCAGUUUACAGAAAUGGUUGAAUACCUCAAACAUGACAAUUGAACAUGAAAAUGACACUCUGUGUGCGUAUCCAGAUGUCUGGAACAAAUCUUCUAUCAAGACAGCACCUAUCCAAAAAUCUGAUUGUGACUCAAGAAGAGGCUCUAUAGCAGUCACUACAUCCUCCACAUCUGCCAUCAGUCCUAAAAACAUUGCCAUUUUAACAUUCUCUCUCAACUCUUCAAAUAACAAUAUUAGGAGUAAUGCAUCACAUCCAGGUUCUCCACCUCUCGGCAAAACUUGGGCCUUUCUGCUGGGUGUUCUGGUGUUUGUCCUAAGCACUUCACUACUGAUUUUUAUUGCCAUAAAAUUCCCACUGUGGUACCAAUACUUGAUCAGUUACAAUCACCGUCAUCUGGAAGAGUAUGAACCAGAAAUGUUUGAUAAGGAGUUCACAACUGAUCUGAGCACUUUUCCAUCAAUAUCAAAUACCAAUGAGCAUGAUGCCAUUGUAGCAUUUGAACAAAUUCAUACAUUUGUACUUGAGGAGGAUGGAUUUAUUGAAGACAAAUAUAUAGACGACCCUGGAUUAACUGAAGAGGUCUAAAUUCUUACAUGAUGGAUGAUAAUUUGGCUUUUCAAUAGCUGAUUAUAUAGGAUCAAUCCAUUCAAAAUCUUGUAUAUAAAUAUUUCUAAUAUAUAUAUCACAGACAGAACUCAAAGCUCUCAAUCCCUCUCUUUUGGACAAAUCUGUGGCACAUGUUGUAUUAACUGUAGAGGUAAGAAAUCUGGUGUUGUGCAUGUAUUACCACAGUAACAAAUAUUUCAAAGUACAUAAGCAUAUAUUUAUAUGUCUGACACUAAAAUCUCACUGUUUGAUUAUAAUGGGAGAAAAUAACAUCUACUUCUUAUAUAGUAUUUUCAUCAGUAGAUCUCAAAACACUUUACAAAGGUAGCAUCGUUACCCCCGUUUUACAACCAGGAACUGAGGCACAGAUUGGGGAAGUGACAGGCCCAUGUCACCCAGCAGGCCACUGGCAGAAGUGGGAAUUGAACCCAGGUCUCCUGAGUCUCAAUUCAAUGCUUUAUCCACUAGGCAAAACUAAAAACAUUGAGUAUCUAAGCCAAAGUCAGUUUUCUUUACUCAUAAACAAAAAAUAUUUGUUUGAGGAAGCAAAACAAAUAUACUGUCUCACCCCCAUCAUUUAAAUGCAUUCAAGGACAAAUUACCAUUAUUAUAUAUCAACCAUCUUUUUAUCUUAUCCCACUGUUGUCUGAUGUCUUUUUUGUUCACAGGUUAUGAAUAUUUGAAAACUGCCAAUGCAGUACAUAUUUUUAACAACUUAAAGAAAACACUGAGAAAUUUCCAUUAUUAUUCCAACAUUAUUAAACUGCAGAUAGAUGAACCUCUUCACGAUUUUCAAAUGUUCUUAAAAUCAGGUUGAGAUAUAGGAAAACAUUUUAUUUAAGGAAUAAUUUAUAGUAAAUGAGAAAAUAGACAUUUGUUUUUAAUAUUAGAAGAAAAAUGUAUUUUGUAUUAUUUCACAAAAUUGUUUAUAAAAUACAGCCAAUAGCAAAAUGUUCCACAUUUUUCAUCACUUUUUAUUAAACCUUUAAAGUCACAAAAUCUUUAUGUUGUAUAAAAAACAAAACUUGAAACAUUAAUGGCCCAAAUGUAUCCUCAAAUAGACCCACUGGAAUAAAUGCUAUUGGUUUAGGCAUGUCUGAGGACAGAAUUGGCACCAACUGUAAAAACAAAUAUACUACAAAAACUUGUGAUGUAUUUAUAAAACAGUUAGCAGGUAUGUGGUCAUUUUUAGUGUAUUUAGAAAUCACUGAAUAACUGAUUUUAAUUGUGUUAUGAUGGCUAUGAUAACAUUUGUUUCUUUCAGUCAGGAAGUCAGACUAACUAUAAAGCAAUCUUGAUGAAACAAAAUGUUGUCAAAGAACAAAAGUGUUUGUUUUUAAAGGAGACAUUGAUUCUUACAUAAUGUUCUUUUAAAUAACUUCAUUUUUGUUCUACUGAAUGACAUAUUUAAUUGCAAUAUUUAAUGAAUACAGAUGCAGUAGUGACAGAAUAACCUGUAGGAUUAUUGACCUGAAAAUUUCUGAUUGACUUAGAGAACAAACCCAUUAUGUGUUCAGCUAAUUAGAAAUCAACUUCUUUAUUAAAAUAUAUUGAAACAAUAUUUUAAAUGUACUUUAGGACUAUGCUGUACUUUAAAAAGUUGACUGAGUGACUGAAGUUUUAUUUCCUACAAACUUUAUUCAGUGACAUUUGUAGAACAUACAUGCAACUCUUAGGCAAUAUUUUUCCGAGUUAAAAAUCCCCCAAUCAGAUCACUUCUUCACUCUUACCCUUUUAAUAAACUACUUUAUGCUAAAAUUCAAUUUUCUGAUAUUUGAUAUACUUACGCUUGUCUCUCUGUAAAUAUUAUAUCAAUACUCUGAGCUUCCCGGUCAUUUUGAGUUUUUAUCUGUUAAAAAAAAAAAUCAAUACUCAGUAACAAAUUUUUGCAUGAAAAGAUUCUUGCCACUAAUGAAAAUAUAAACAGUAUCCAUUCAUCCAAGGUUAUACAAGCAUUUGAAUGAAUGAAGAGAAUGGAAGACCAAAAUGGAGAUGGGAAAGAACAGCAGCGGCCUCCUACUACAAAGGCCUAUCUGAUGCGGCAGAGAUAGAUUAUGUAACUGUAAUUCCCACUGGAAGCCUGCAUUUGAAUAGUAGCUUUAAUCAUAGAAACUGCACAUCAGUGUUUUUAUUAAUAAUCAGGUUGGAUCACUUGGGGUAAAAAUAUUUUCACCGCUUCUCGAGCUACUGGAAGCCUCUUUUCAAAGAAAAGUUCCUUCUGACUAUGAACACAGUGAGCACUGGCGCAGUCUUGGUGCCUGAAGGCACCCUCCAGCAAACUUAUGAAAUCAAGAAAGAACUUCAAGGGAAAGCACAGCUGAUAUGUGUUUGCUUUUGAACACACCAUAGGCCCAUUAAUGCACUAUUGCUUUGGAGUCAUUUGAAGGGCAGAGCAUGGAGGAGAAUGAAGAAAAACUCAAGCGCCUGGGGAAUUUUACAAGCAAGACUGUUGCAUGUGGUCAGCCUGUCAGGUGGUUAGUUUUCUGUGCCCUCCACCCAAAUAAUGUGUGAUAUAUGUGAAUAUUGGUAUCUUGGGUUGGGAGACAUACCUCUCUUACCUGAACCAGAGAAAUACCAUGGGCUUUGAGGAUAAUUCUAAGAGCAACUGUGUCACUGACCAACACAGAUAUGCCAGCAUUAGGGUCGAAACAGCUGGAUGAAAAGGUGUAGUCAGUCUUUCAAUAACUGCAGCUCUGCACAUGUUGUUUUAACAUGUAAACCACAGUAUUUUAACACAAUGAAUCUAGGAUCCCAGGAUACUACAUUUAAUACCCCAUGCAGUGUUUUCAGGGUAUAGUCAAGAUCUAAAUUUUAGACACGUACUACCUUGGGAAGCAAAAAGAAGAACUGGAUUCACUGAAAACAUAAGAAAUACUUGAUGAGUCUUUUACAACAGAAACUUUAAUCUAUUUAAUUUUUAAAAAACUAUCAAUUCUGUUUCUGGAAAACAAUUAUAAAGUGUUUGCUAAACUUUGAGACAACGAAGUUUUAUGUGGUCAUAAUUCUAUAACUAACUAAGGCCUCAGUCCCCCAAACACUUACACAUGUGCUUAACACACCACACACAUGCAGCUCCAUUGAAGUCAUGUGGGUCCCAACUCUGCAAACUUGCCUAGCAUUACUCACCUGAAUAAUCCCAUUACAGUCAAUAGACAGUUUAGGUCAACAAAAUCAUGCAUAUGCACAAACAUUUGAAGGACUGAAGUUGUAAUGUAUAUAUAUAUUUUCAUUGUAAAUACUAUAUUAUCAUGGCAAAUACUCAAACUCUUACCAUAUUAUAAUCGCUCAUCACUUCUUCCAUAUCUGUAUUGGUGUUAAGUUUAUCCACUAGCUGAAACAAGAAAGAAGCUCAAACAGUUAAUGCUCUGUUCUUUUUAAUCACAUUAAAGAAACAUACAAGAAGCUAGAAAAAACUCUUAAAUCAUUCUUUGAAACUGUUACAAAAGAAAGAGAUGACUGGUAUGGUAUUGCAAACAAAAAUCUGAAAUUAGAAAUUUUAAUAUACCACAUGUAAGCUUCAUAUUUCAAAAUUCUUACAAGUUCUGUACAACUGUAUAGAAAAUUAAUACUAAAUAACAUUAAUAUUACAGAAGCAGUAUUGAUUUCUCACAUCCAAAGCAAAGUUAAUUACUUAUAAUAUCCAGUAUAUUUUCUUUUCUUUUCUUUUUUAAAAUACUCUCCUUGGUUUCCCUCUCCUUCUUACAAGCUUCAAAAUAUUUUUCCUCUCUACUGAUUUUGUCCUUUCCUGUGGACAUAGAGAAAGAAAGGCUAAUUUUCAACUCCACGUCAAAUUUGAAACAAAAUGUAUCUGUCCAAUUAGCUUAAAUCUCUUAAUAACUUAACUAUGGCUAUGAACACUCUUCAAAACAGUGCUUGUUAGUUAGGCAACCACUGCUGCACAACUGAUAGAAAACACUAUUUUUUUGAUUCUUUGCAAACAUAGGUUAUUCUUUGGGAUUUUUAAAAACAGUAAACUAGAGCAUUGAACAGUAUAAAAUUCCUCAAAACACAUGCUCUUUGCCCCAAAAGAUCAGCUUUAAGACUGCGGUCUUAGAAUAUAGAAGGCAUUCUAUAUCACACUGGAAUGAUUUUAAAGUAACUAACAUUUCAGGUCUAGGCAACUUGACAGAAUCCUUUUAAAGUCACAAUAUUGUGAUGCACAUAUACAAUAAAGUUGUAGAAUAUUGCUAAAAAUUUCUAGAUCCAUAAAGAGAUAACACUGAAAGAGAUAACACUGCAUUUAGUAGUGGAGGUAUCAGUGUAGAGGUGAUCAGAUGUAAGAAACCAGACCGCUGACAUGUAAAAUUAGACAGGUUUAGAGGAUUUUGUUUUUGUUUUUAGAUAAGGGCUGGGGGAAAGCUGAGAGAUGCAGAGGAACACAGUUUGGGUAGAGACAUCCCUUAGGGAUGAAUUUAUUAAAGGGGGAACUCCACAUCCAAGUAAAGAGGAUAGAAAAGAAGUUGGUAAAGUACAGGAAGGAGCUAGUCAGGAACAGUAAAGAAUAAGAGGUCCCAUUUAAAUACAACAUAUAAAAGCAAGCAACUGAAUAUUGACAAAAUGUACAAGUUCUUAUACACAAAUGUGGGAAGUCUAAAUACUAAGAUGGGUGAAGUAGAGUGCCUGGCAUUAAAUGAGGCUAUUGAUAUAGCAGGCAUCACAAAAACUUGGUGGAAUGAACACGAUCUAUGGGACCCUAAAAAUCAGUGUACAAAAUAUAUAGGAAUGACAAAGCAGGUAGUGGGGGAAUUAUCUCCAUAUUCACUGGAUACAUGUCAUCUCAGGAAGGCAUUCAGAGAGAAUAUUUCUAGACACCAUAAAUUACUGCUUCUUGGAGCAGCUUUCCUUGGAUCCCACAAGGGGAAGAAGCAAUUCGUGAUUUACUCAUAAGCAGUGCACAGGAUCUGGUGCAACAGGGAAUAUAGCUGAACUGCUUGGUAAUAGAAACCAUAACGUAAUGAAAUGUAACAUCCUUUUUGGACAAAAAAGACAAAAGAAACCUAGCACAGUAGCAUGCAACUUCAAAAAGGUGAACUAAACAAAAAUGAGGGAAAUUAAAAGGAACAGUCACAGGAGUGAAAUGCCUGCAAACUGCAGAGACUAUUUAAAAAAACACCAUAAUAAAGGUUUAAACUAAAUAUAUACUCAAAUAAAAAAAAAAAAAGUCAGAGGACCAAAAAAAAAAAUGCCACUAUGGUUAAACACCAGAGUAAAAGAGGCAUUUAGAAGCAAAAAGGCAUCAUUUAAAAAUUCGAAAUCAACUCCUAGUAAGGAAAAUAGAACGGAGCAUAAAUUCUGGCAAGUCAAGUGUAAAAGUA